AUGGCUUUUGUAUUUUAAGCAGAAAGAAACAUGUUAAAUAAGCCUUCUGGUGCCCCUCCAAAUGUAAAAUUGAUUUAUAAUAAAUAGGUAGGUCCUGGUAGUUAUCUUUCACAUGAAUAAUUGAAGACAAAAUAAGGGAAUGCUCCAUUCGAUACAUAAGUUACAAGAAAUCAACCAAUAAAAUAAGAUAAUUCACCUGGUCCUGGAAGUUAUAAUCUUCAAAAUGAAGUCUAAGGGUAAAAUACUUCAUUUAAUUGUUUUUAUUAGGCAAAAUAUAGUUUUAUAAACAUCUUAAUCAGCAGUAAAAGUAGUCGAAAAACCUUAACCUUAAUCUGUUUUUGCUUCUUAGAGUAAACGAUUUCAUCAUCCAAAAACAAUGCUUUCACCUGGGUAUUAAAUUAUUCUUAAAUGCAUUAAAGUCCUGGAGCAUAUGAUGCAAAUAACUGUGGAACUAGAGUUAUACAAUAAUAAUAUACAUCCUAACAUUAUAUCGAAACUUUAAUGAAAAUGAAUAAAUAUUAAUCAAUACCCUCUAUACCAUCAUAGAAUCAAAUAUAUGGUUAUACAGAAAAAGGAAGUAAUUAAAAUUAUUCAAGAAAUUUUAGCUAAUGAUUUGGAAGUUAACAAAUUUCCAUUUCCAACAUUUACUGGUCUUAAAUAAGAUUCAGUUGGUCCAGGUUAAUAUGAUGUAAAGGAUGCAUUUGAAUAAAAUAAAUAUAAAGGAAGUUUUUGGCAUAAAUCUAAAGCUCCAAGAUUAGCACCAACUAUUUCAAAAGAAAAAGAAUUAAUGGUUGGACCUGGAACUUAUGAUCCAAAUGCAUCAGUUGUACCUUUACAUAAGCUUAAUCCAUCUGGAAAUUUUCAAUCUAAAUCUUAAAGAUUAUUUGAUUCAACUAAAGAAGAAAAACAAAAACAAUUUAUGAAAAUCUUCUAUGAUAAAUAAAAAGAUAGACUUAUAAAGAAUUAAGGAAAUUAUUUAGAAGAUGAUGAAUAUAUAUUUUAAGAUGUAAUUAUUCUCAUUUAUAUAAAAUUAAAAAGGAUACAACUCCAGGACCUGGAUAAUAUUUAGGAAAUACUUCCAGUCACUCAGCUAUUUCAACUAAUACCUAAUCUACAACUAAAAUUGGAAAAAAUUGUUUUGGAUCUAAAAGUAGAAGAUUUCAAGAAAAAAAAAUGCCCUGUUAUGUAGGUCCUGGAGAUUAUGAAUUAGAAACUGAUAUCAUUAAAGAAAGUAUUUCCUAAAAAUAACCUCCUUUUUAAUCAACUAAUCUAAGAUUUGAAGCUAAAGGUUUAGAAAAGCGUCCAGGACCAUAAACUUAUAAUCCUAAAAUUACUGUAAAUUUUAUUAAAAUUUAGUUAGUUGGACGAUAAAUUAACUAAAAAGUUAGAAAGAGCUCCAGUUGGUAAUUUUGGAUCUAAUUAAUCAAGAUUUAAAUAAUAAGAUAAUGAAAUGCCUGGUCCAGGAACUUAUGAUGAACAAAAUAAAAAAGUUAAAGGAGUUGCAUCUGUCUUUACUUCCAAAACUAAAAGAGUAGAUGCUGCUUCAAUUCCCAAAGAUAAUUUUCCAGCUCCAGGUGCAUAUGAUGUCAAAAAUUACACCAUUGAAUAAACUACCAAAAUUGAAAAGGAAGAGGACCCAGAUUUAGCCAUUUAUAAACCAGCCUUUGGAUCAUCUUUACCCAGAUUUAAACAUAAAGAAAAAAAACCUAUAGAUGAAGAAGAUGAUGAACAAGAAGAUUAAUAAAUAAGAAUGCAUAAUAGUUCAUCUUUAUUUUAGAAAAAAAAAAAAUCUCAUCCUCCAUUUAACUUUAGAGUAAUUUCUAUUUUCAUUAUCUAACUUAGGAAAAUAGAUUUAAUUAUGAUAAAAAAGAAGAAAAUUAACCUGGUCCAGGGGAAUACUUUGAUCCAAAAGAAAAUGCUUGGAAUAAAUCUACUUUUAAUAUUUUAUUCUAAGAAAUUUGA